CCCACCUCCGACAAGAAAGAGAAGGGAAUUGUUGUUCAAUCAUCUUCCGCUCUCUUCUCUUCUCUUGGUUUCUCAAUAGCUUUAUCAUGGCUUCCUCCUCCAGAUGGAUAAGGCCUGAGGUGUUCCCCCUAUUUGCUGCAGUUGGUGUAGCUGUUGGCAUUUGCGGCAUGCAGCUUGUUAGGAACAUCACCAGCAACCCUGAAGUCAGGGUUACCAAGCAGAACAGAACUGCAGGGGUGCUAGAGAAUCAUGAAGAGGGUGAGAGAUACGCAGAACACGGACUCCGGAAAUAUGUCCGUACUGUUAGACAAGAUCAGCAUGCUAAGCUUAUUGCCGAAACUUGUGGAGUUUGACUUCGUUCAAACUCUUAUCGUUCCAGCCGUUCCUUGUUUCUAGGGCUGUUUAGUAUUUGUUCUUCUGUUGUAUUUUUGAACGUAUGGUUGUAAUCUGUUUCCUUAGUUUUCUGGUUGUAAUCCUUUCCUUGUAUCUAGGGUUUUCAAACCCAAUCUGUAAUCAUGAAACUCUUAUAAAUACAUGCAUCCCACGAUUGUUUGGGUAUG